CCCGCGGUUGUUCCUGCUAUGCCCGGCUCGUGAACACCACCCUACAAGCAUCUUGUCGUCAAAAUUGACAAUCAUAGGCGAUCGGAUAAGGUACACCGUCCGGCCAGUCGAUAGCGAUGGCCACGGCAGUAUCAGUGGCGGCCGAAUGGCAGCUCCUCUACAAUCGGUAUUACAGGAAACCGGAGCUCUAUCAGAUGCAAUGGAAGAACGUGGACCUAAUGCAAAACAAGGUUGCUUGCUCCCCCUUCGGCGGCCCCAUUGCCGUUAUCCGCGAUGACGACAAGAUCGUCCAGCUCUACGCCGAAUCCGCCAUCCGCAAGCUCCGCAUAUUCAACUCCGCCGGUGUCUCCAUAGCUGAAACCGUCUGGAAGAACCCUGGCGGCCGCCUCAUCGGCAUGUCCUGGACAGACGACCAGACGCUGAUCUGCAUUACUCAGGAUGGUACUAUCUACCGGUACGAUAUCCACGCACAGCCUCUAGAACCGCUAUCCCUUGGCACUGACUGCUUCACGCACAGUGUGGAAGACUGUGUGUUCUGGAGUAACGGCGUAGUUUGCAUCAAUAGGGCGUUUCAGGUCUUCUGCGUGCCCGAUUUCAAGAAUCCAAGCCCUAUCAAGCUGGCAGAUCCCGGUUUGGAGGUUCUUCCACUCUCUAUGGCGGUGAUUGAGCCUCAGUAUACCAUGUCUGGAAAUGUGGAAGUGCUGAUGGCGGUAGGGGAUGGGGUGUUAUUGGUGGAAGAGGACGGGAUUCAGCAGAUGGGUGCUGGAAUUGGGCCAUUAGAGAAGAUGGUGGUUUCGCAGAACGGCAAGCUGCUCGCAUCUUUUACACGUGAUGGGAGGGUUCUUGUCAUGUCCACGGACUUCUCCAACAUUAAGCCCGUUUACACUUGUGAGUCAGUCCUACCUCCUGAUCAGUUGUGUUGGUGUGGAAUGGAUACUAUAUUGCUUUACUGGGAUGAUAUGCUUUUAAUGGUGGGUCCUUAUGGCGAUCCAGUACACUACAUCUAUGAUGAACAAGUUCGACUGAUCCCAGAGUGUGAUGGGGUUAGAAUACUAUCGGGCACAAGUAUGGAGUUUCUGCACAGGGUGCCGGAUUCCACUGUCUCUAUCUUUCAAAUUGGGAGCACAAUGCCUGCUGCUUUACUUUAUGAUGCACUGGAUCAUUUUGACAGGAGGAGUGCCAAGGCAGAUGAGAAUUUGAGGUUAAUCCGCUCUUCGUUGCCUGAAGCUGUUGAAGCAUGCAUUGAUGCAGCAGGAAAUGAAUUUGAUAUUUUGCAGCAGCGUACCUUGUUAAGAGCUGCUAGCUAUGGUCAGGCAUUUUGCAGCCAUUUUCAGCGUGACCAAAUUCAAGAGACGUGUAAAACCUUACGAGUUUUAAAUGCUGUACGGCACCCAGAUAUUGGUAUUCCUCUUAGUGUUCAGCAAUACAAGAUGCUUACACCCUCAGUUCUAAUUGCUCGUCUAAUUAAUGCUCACCAUCACCUUCUUGCACUGCGAAUAUCAGAGUAUCUUGGUAUAAAUAAGGAAGUUGUAAUUAUGCACUGGGCGUGUACGAAGAUCACAACAUCUUCUUCAAUCCCUGAUGAUAAUCUUCUAGAAAUCCUACUUGAUAAGCUUAAGUUAUGCAAAGGCAUAUCUUAUGCUGCAGUUGCUGCACAUGCUGAUAAGAGUAGUCGACGGAAACUAGCUGCUCUGCUUGUUGAACACGAACCACGCUCAUCUAAACAGGUUCCUCUGUUGUUGAGUAUAGGAGAGGAAGACACUGCUCUCAUAAAAGCAACCAAAAGUGGUGAUACAGAUCUUGUUUAUCUAGUCCUCCUCCAUAUUUGGCAAAAGAGACCAGCUUUGGAGUUCUUUAGUACUAUACAGUCCAGACCACUACCACGUGAUCUAUUUAUUAGUUAUGCACGGCUUUACAAGCAUGAAAUUUUAAAGGACUUCUUCCUAUCUACUGGACAACUACAGGAUGUAGCUUUUCUUUUAUGGAAAGAAUCAUGGAAAUUGGCAAAGAAUCCAAUGGCCAGCAAAGGAUCUCCGCUAUAUGGUCCUCGAAUAAAACUAAUUGAGAAGGCCAGUAACCUUUUUGCUGAUACAAAGGAAUACAUCUUUGAGUCCAAGGCAGCCGAGGAGCAUGCAAAAUUAUUAAGGAUACAACAUGAGUUGGAGGUGACAACUAAACAGGCCAUAUUUGUGGAUUCAAGUAUCAGUGACACAAUCCGUACAUGUAUUGUGUUGGGGAAUCAUCGUGCUGCGAUGAAAGUCAAAACCGAAUUCAAGAAUGGGAAAGAGAAAUAUUUAAUUGGGAAAGUGGAACGUGCCUGGGAAGUGGAACAUACUCAAUUUACGGAGACUUGGGAAAGAGAAAUCGUCGAAGAGGGGAAGUUGCAAACUGGGAAGAGGAAGUCGCUGUUGUUUCGUUGGGAAAAGGAAGUUGAGGAAGUCGCCACUGGUACGUUGCACCGCCGGUAAUGGGUGCAACGUACCUGGGGAUUUGGAUCGCCGUACCAUUGCGACUUGAAUUGCCGUACUGGUUGCGAUCGGAUCCCAAGCGAUUUGCGAUUGGGUACGACUUGUACCAAUAUGGAAGUCGCGGCUCUGGGAGCGAAUUCUGUGACUAUGGUCCGGACUGACCCGGACCAAUCCGGAUUGUUUAUUCUAGACCAAACAGACCUUUUUAAAAUAGGUUCGGUCUCAGGUCCAUGCUUUUCAACAUUUCAGAAAAAUGCAUACUAUUAUCUCAAAAUAUUAAAUGUUAGAAGGUACAAAAAAAUUAUUUUUAAAAGAGAGUAACUUCUAUUCCGGUCAAGUACUGGUUCGGACAGGACUUUCAGGUCCUGUUCGGUCCGGGUUUAUUUAGGUCCAGUCUUCACUUCUUGAUUUUCUAAACUUAUAGUUCCGGUCCGGUCCCGUUCCUGGACUAGUGCUCAACCCUAUACUCUCUGUUCCAAAAGAAUCUUCUCUGCUUUUUCACAGAGUUUAAGAAAAAGUAAAAUGGUUUGGCUGAGAUUUAUGAAGAGGGAGAUUAAUGUGGACCACUAACUUCAUUCAUUUUAAGGAAUGAGAAGUUUCUAAGACAACAAAAAAGGAAAGGGGGAAGAUUUUAUUUGGGGAUGAAGGGAGUAUAUUUGUAUGGGCCGUUAGGCCAUAAGAAGAAUACCCUGUUUGGGAAGUCUUAACAUGGGUGAAGUUGGAAUGGUUGCAUUGGCUGAUUUGCUUAUAAUUUAAGAAUGAUUAAAAUAUAUAUUUAAAUAUAUAUUCCCUCUGUACCAAAAAGAUGUGCUUGUUUUCCGUUUUGGUCGGUUCUUAGAAGAAUUAAGAAAUGCAUAUUUUUAUAAAUGAAAUGUUUUAUAUGGUCACAUUGUUCCUCUUUCUUCUGUAUAAAUCUCAACCACAUAGCUUUUAGUUUACUAAAAAUUAUGCGCAUAACUAGCACAACUUUCUGGUACAAAGGUGUAUUUAAGAUCUCCAAAUUAAACCCCCCCGGUUGUUUUGCUUUCUUGGGUUUUUGUUUUUUGCUGCCUUGUGUUUUCGCUUUUUUUCAUGCUUCUCUGAUUACCCCUCUCUUUGCUUACUUUCGUUCUUGUACGUGAUUUACACUACCUUCACACUCGCUGGGGCUUCAAUCUUUUUAACAACUUCUCUACUCUGUUGGGGUAGUAUGAGGUGUUCCGUGUGCCUAUAUCCUCCCCUCUUAAGACCCUAGUUCCGGGUGGGAUAUACAGAGUGUGUUGGGUUUUGUUCAUUUUGGUUUGGUUUGUAGCUAAAAAGUGGCCAUUUCACUAUUUCAGUCUUUUAGCCAAUCCUUAAAGAGUUUUACUCUUACACUAAUUUUUUUUCCAUUAAAAGUGUUUUAAGCCG